AUGGCUAGGCUCACCAUCUUAGCCCAUGGAGUUCCUGCUGACCUCAGAGACACACAGUUGCGGGUCGACCAGCCAGGCGAGAACAUCACACGGGAGUGCAAAGAUGCCUGGCUGGCAAAGGCGAAACAGUUCCUCAAAAAGGAGAGGAAGCGGGAAGCUGAAGUGCAGCAGGAUGAGCCGGCCACGAAGCGGCGGAAGAAGAAUGAGGCUGCAACGCCUCAGCCGACACGUCUGAGCGCAUACGAUCUCCUCCUCGCCAAAGACAACAUGCUGCGGUCUGUGCACGGGGAAGGGCUGGUGGCAUUUGCGGGCAAGGAGUCAGAGGACAGUGGCCUGCCUCUGACAUCGAGGCCAACGUUGGUGGAGGUCUCUGACCAAGGUUCCAUCCCUUGCAGUGAGGAUGCCUUUGAAACCUUCCACUUGGGCAUCCGCAAGUUCAUGCUUGAAGACCCAUACCAUUGUAUGUGGAAGAGCCUCCUCAACGGAAUCAAAAAGGCUGGGAUGUAUCCUGCGGUGUCGCUGACCACGGUGUGGCUGAACUUGCACGAUGGGCCCUGGGCUUCGCAGAAAUGGUACUCAAGCAUUGCUGAAAUGUGGAAAGAGUACACAGCCACUUUUGAGGCUGGAGACCCACUGUUUCAGCAGAUCCUGGCUCGCUUGAAGCGCUUCAAUGUGAACAUGAGCGCUCGACAGCUGUUGAUCGACAUGAGACGUGGGGAUGUCUCAUUUCUGCACCGUCGAGGGAACAAAGUGCAACCCUCCAGGUGGUUCUCCUGGCAAACGGCAUUUCUGGCACGGCUGGAGUCGCCGGGUGACAUGCAUCUGCAAUUUGCCCUUCUGGUGUUCUUUGGGAUCCAGAUGGGCUUUCUUCAGGGCUUUCUUCAAAAAAGUGCUGAUGCUGGGGCGACGCUGGAAAGCCUCACCGAGUCCGCAGCACCUGCGGAGGAGUCCGGCACGAUGCGGCGUGAGCGGCUGAGGCGAUCGAACUUGCAGUCACGGUGCAAGAACACCCUCCAUGCAGUCACGGCCAUCUUAGCCGACGAACCGCUGCUGCGAACAGCCGGCUUCAUCCUGGCCAUGUCCGAAAGUGCGCGAAGCUGGUAUUCAGAGAUUCGCUCAAGCCUUCGGUCCAGGGCGCAGUGUGAGUCCUACAACAUUGCUUUGGCUUCUGGCAGCAAUUUGCUUCCAGCCAUUUCUGCAAUAAUGGGAACCCUGCGUGACCCAGAGAAGUUGGCAGCUGGAGGACUGGCCGUCCAAGACUUUCGUGGGAACUCGCAAAUCAUCCGUUUGCGACCAGACGAUGCAGAGGUCUUGGAGCAAGAUGAACUGGCACAUGGCAUGCAGCGACUGGUGCUUUUGACUGCUUUUUCUUGGCUUUCUGCUGAAGCAGUGAGACUGUUUGCCUUCCCUUCGGCUUUCCUCGCCCUGCUCGACUUGCAGGAACGCGAGCGCACGCUGCUCCACUGCAAGAAGGUAUGGACAGCUUGGCUUGCCCACCGAGAUCGCCCACUUCCAGCGUGGAGACGCACAGUUGCACGCAGCUGCUUGAACGAGGUCCUGGUGCGAGAGGUGUUUCAGCACUUAGCAAGCAGCGACUUUGCAACGGUAUCUACCGAGCUGGAAACAUAUCUGAGAGGGAUUGCUCGUUCUAUUGCGACAACUGCUGUGUGUGAAGAUGCGUUCCAGCGUCUGGAGCUGGCAGAGCGGCAAGUUGCCCAGAGGCGCCUUUCAAGCCAGGAAGUUUGGGCUACUGUGCUGAACAAGCAGGUCUUGUCGGACGUCUACAGCUUCUCUGAGAUCGAUCUUCCCGCUUGUCCGGCCGCGGCAGGCGAGCAGCUCCCCAGCACCAUCUACCACUGCAAGCGGUUGGAUGCCAGUAUGGAGGAGUGUCUUGGCUCAUUUAACAUUACUACAAUUGCAUUGAAUUUUGAGCUCUAG